UCGUCACUACACAUUGUCUUCUGGCACGUUCUCGUUCGGUCGCAUGAAUUUUUUGAUGGUAGAGUAGGAAUCCGCUUUUAUCAAAAACAUCUUUUCUUGUAUAUUGGUCAAAAUAUAUUAGGCCAAAAUGCCUGCACAGGGAAAGAAAGGCGGUAGAGGUAAUGUUUUUCUUGAUAAAGAAAAACCUACCCAAAUUCGUAACAGCAAUAUCAGUGCAGCCAAAGCUGUUGCAGAUGCAGUUCGAACAAGUUUGGGACCAAAAGGAAUGGAUAAAAUGAUCCAGAAUUCCAAAGGCGACGUAACUAUAACAAAUGAUGGCGCUACCAUCUUGAAGCAGAUGCAGGUACUGCAUCCAGCUGCAAAAAUGUUGGUUGAGCUGUCCAAGGCACAGGAUAUUGAAGCUGGUGACGGCACUACCUCAGUGGUUGUUAUUGCCGGCAGCCUACUUGACGCUGCAUCUAAACUACUAAUGAAAGGUAUUCAUCCCACCACAAUAUCGGAAUCAUUCCAGCAUGCUGCCAUCAAAGCUGUUGAGAUCCUCAACCACAUGUCAAUUCCUCUAGACCUCGGUAACCGAGAAGCCCUUCUUCAGAGUGCAACCACCUCGCUUAGCUCUAAGGUAGUAUCACAGUAUUCUAAUCUAUUGGCACCUAUCUCAGUGGAUGCUGUAUUACGCGUCAUUGAUCCAACUACUGCAACCAAUGUUGACCUGAACGACGUGAAAAUAAUUCAAAAGCUAGGAGGAACAAUAGAGGACACUGAAUUGGUAGAUGGUCUUGUGUUUACUCAGAGGCCUUCUGGUACUGGAGGACCCUCAAAAGUAGAAAAAGCAAAGAUUGGUCUCAUCCAGUUCUGUUUAUCGCCACCAAAGACAGAUAUGGACAAUCAAGUUGUUGUGAAUGACUACACCCAGAUGGACCGCAUUCUACGUGAAGAACGUGCUUACAUUUUGGACCUUGUUAAGAAGAUUAAAAAAGCUGGAUGCAAUGUGUUGCUGAUCCAGAAGUCUAUACUGAGGGAUGCAGUCAAUGAUCUUGCCCUUCACUUUUUAGCCAAGAUGAAGAUUAUGGUAAUCAAGGACAUUGAGCGAUCAGAUGUAGAAUUUAUUUGCAAGAGUAUUGGAUGCAAACCCAUUGCCAGUGUUGAUCACUUCCUACCUGAAAUGCUUGCGCAUUGUGAACUUGUAGAAGAAGUUGUUGCCGGAACCAGCAAGGCAGUUAAGGUUACCGGAGCUGCAACCCCUGGUAAGACGGUAACAGUUUUAGUGAGAGGCUCUAAUAAGCUGGUAAUAGAGGAAGCUGAGAGGUCGAUACAUGAUGCAUUGUGUGUCAUCCGUUGCCUCGUCAAAAACAGGGCACUCAUUGCCGGUGGCGGAGCACCUGAAAUUGAGGUUGCCUACCGUUUGAUGGAAUACUCAAGAACCUUAUCUGGUAUGGAAGCUUACUGUGUAAGAGCAUUUGCAGAGGCCAUGGAAGUGAUUCCUUCAACUCUGGCAGAGAAUGCAGGACUUAACCCCAUCUCAGUAGUCACAGAUCUCAGAAAUAGACAUGCCCAUGGUGAAACUGCUGCUGGCAUCAAUGUUAGAAAGGGGGCCAUUACAAACAUUCUGGAUGAGAAUGUGGUGCAACCAGUUCUUGUGUCUAUCAGUGCAAUCCAACUGGCCUCGGAAACCGUUCGAAGCAUUAUGAAGAUUGAUGAUAUUGUAAAUACAGCAAGAUAAUAUUCCUUGUGAUAUGAAGCUGCAAUUGUCAAUUAAAUGAUGAAUGUAAUGUUACCGUCGCAUAGUUUACUGAAUAAUGGAAUAUUGCUGCUGCAAGCAGAACCAAGAAAGGACAAUGCUAAAACUGGGUGUCAUGGUUUAAUAGGUUGCUGCUGCUUUGUAGCGUAGCAGGAUGUGUGUACUCGCUUCCGUAUCUCCGUGUUAACAUAAUGGUUAUUUUUUUGUAGCAUCUUAAUGCUAUUUAUGACGGUCCUUAUCGAUGUUGAAGACUUGCUAAUGUGUAAAGGUACAUUGCAAAAUAUGUUUAGAAGAUUUACAAUUUAAUACUGCUGAGAAGAGGAAUAUAAAUCUACAUAAAGUACUUUAUUAUGUCGCCCUCUAGAAUGAAAUUUGCACAAUUCCAAGAGUAUUUUAUUUCUAGUACAUAUUUGCCUUAUUAUUUAAAAUAUAUUUAAAGAGGGUCGGCUAAUGUUCACAAAAGGAGCGUCACAAACAAUAUAUAUUUAUUGGUUUACUUAUAAGAAUUUAUUCCAUGUUCUUGAAAGAAUUAAAGUAGUUCAACAAGAUUUAUUCCAAACAACUCAAUGUUCUUGAAUGUCUUCCCAUAUGGUUGAUCACAUUUAUGAAUAUUAGCAAAGAUAUAUGCACAUCUUAACACUGCUGCAAUACAGUUAAUUAGAAGAUGAUGACAUUGCUGCAGCUAGGUCAUUAAACAAGCGCAACAGUUAACAGCAUUUCUCUUGUGUAGUGCGGGGCUAUAUCUAUACUCUAUGUUGGUUGUUGUAAUGCUGUGCGUAGUAAUUUUUUGUCUGGGCAAGUGCCCACCUUUGCAAAAGAUUGAAUAAAGUUCAGACUGUGGGUCUACUGUAUGUGAUAGCCUCAAUUCAUGGAACGUGUUUACAAGCAUUAUUUCUGAAGCAUUUUAUUUUUAAUGCUUAAAAUGUGAGGAUUUUUUUUACUUGUACUCUAAUAUGUUUAUGGAAAACAAUGAAUAAAUACAAUGGUAGAGACCACAAUUA